UUUGGUGAAGAUGCGGCUGCAAUUGGGCCCGGCUUUGGUGGCGUGGUUGGCGCUUGGCGGGGAGGCGGCGGCAGAGGGAGAGGCGACGACGGAGACGAAGGGCGUGAAGAAUGUUGCCAUUAUUGGCGCUGGAGCUGCCGGCUCCUCGGCCGCCUACUACCUGUGCCAGUACGCGGACGAGGCCGACGUCAAGGUCAACAUCACAAUCUUUGAAAAGACGGACCGCAUCGGCGGCCGCACGCUGACGGUCAACGCCUACGACGACGCGGCGCACCCCAUCGAGCUGGGGGCGUCCAUCUUCGUGUCCGUCAACCACAUCCUGUACAACGGCACGCGCAACUUUAACCUGUCGACGGGCGCCAACUACCGCGAGGCCAGCAGCGCGGACGACAUCACGGCCAUCUGGGACGGCGAGAGCUUCGUCUACGAGACGACGGACGGCACGGCCUGGUGGUGGGACGCGGGCAAGUUGUGGUGGCGCUACGGCAUGAGCCCGUACCGCGCCGUGUCCCUGGUCAAGGACGUGGUGGGCAAGUUCCUGAAGCUGUACGAGGGGCCGUACUUUCCGUUCCGAUCGUUGACGGCGAGGGCGUAUGAGCUGGGGCUUGUGGGGGUGACAGCCGUGACGGGGGAGCAGUUUCUCAAGCAGCACAAGAUUGAUGAGGCGUUUUCCAGGCACAUUAUUCAGGCUGCUACGAGGGUCAACUAUGCUUCGAACUUGGCGUACAUUCAUGGACUGGAGACCAUGGUAAGGCCUACUCGGAGUCUCCUUUAUGUCUCCUUUGCUACGGAUGGCGCAAUGUCGGUGACGGGCGGCAACUGGCACAUCUUUGAGAAUAUGGUCAAGAACAGCGGUGCUGCCAUCCUCCGAAACACCACCGUCUCCUCCAUCCGCUUUGCCAAGGGCGAGACGUCAUCUUCCGCUCCCAAGUAUGAGAUUUCCACAAGCUCGGCCUCUGCUGAGCCGGAACUCGUCGACACAACGUUUGACGAUGUCAUCAUCGCCUCGCCCUGGCAGUUCAGCAACAUUGAAGCUGGCGAGGGCGUCCUCAAGCACAAGAUCGAGGAGAUCCCCUACACCAAGCUCCACGUCACGCUCUUCGCCUCCCCCUUCAAGCUGCACCCGGCCUUCUUCGGGCUGCCGCCGGGAAGCAAAGCGCCCAGCAACGUCUACACGACCCUCGCCAAGGACGAGGAGCCAAAAGUCGGGGCCGACGGCGUCGGCAAGACGGGCUUCUACUCCGUCAGCACGCUCAGGACGGCGGUCAACCCCAAGGCCAACCGGACGGAGUUUGUAUACAAGAUCUUUUCGCCCAAGCCCGUGACCCCGCAGUUCCUGUCGGAUCUCCUCGGCGUGCAGGUGCCGGAGACGUUUACGGGUCCGGCUACUACUACUGAGACGGACGGGAGCGACGGCUUGGUGGAACCCAUCUCGUGGUACUACCCGCACUGGUUCUACUCGUACCCGAUUGAGCUCCCGCGGGUGACGUUUCAGGAUCCCAUCCUGGGCAGCGGGCUGUACUACACGUCGGGCAUCGAGAGCUUCAUCUCGACCAUGGAGACGAGCGCGCUGAUGGGCAUGAAUGUGGCGAGGCUCAUUGUGGACGACGCGGCGGGCGUUGAGAGGGAGGCCGUUCCCGGUGCCGUGAGCGAGGAGGACUUUUUGCUGGGUAUGGUCAAGGUGGACAUGGUUGUCGAGGAGCCUGGUGAGCUGUGAUU